AUGCCGACCGCCACCGCCGACUAUCAGCUCUUCACGCCCCUCCGACUCGGACCCGACCUCGAGCUCAAGAACCGCGUGGUCUUUGGUCCGCUCACUCGCGGCCGCGCGUCCGCCGACCGCGUGCCGUCAGCGGACAACGAGCUCUACUACGAACAGCGAGCGGGUGCAGGUCUACUCAUCACGGAAGCGACGGCCAUCUCGGAACAGGGCUACGGGUGGUACCACGCGGCCGCGUGCUACACAGAGGCCCAUGUCGCCGGCUGGAAGCGCGUGACGGACCGCGUGCACAAGAAACAGGGGACGAUCUUUCUGCAAAUGUGGCACAUGGGGCGUCAGAGCCACUCGAGUUUCCAGUCGAGCAACGAAAUUGUGUCGGCGUCGGCGCUGCGCCUCGAGAUGGGCCACACGCGCGACGCCAAUUACGUGCAGGCCGACUACGAGACGCCCCGUGCGCUCGAGACCCACGAGCUCGCGGGCGUCGUCGAGUCGUACCGGCGCGGGGCGGAGCUCGCGAUGCAAGCAGGUUUUGACGGCGUCGAGAUUCACGGGGCGAACGGGUACCUCAUUGACCAGUUCCUGCAGUCGUGCACGAACAAGCGCACGGACAAGUACGGCGGCUCGUUUGAGAACCGCGCGCGUCUCUUGCUCGAAAUUGUGGAAGCCGUCAAGACUGCUGUGCCGGCGCACCGCAUUGGCGUUCGGCUCGCUCCGAACGGCUCGUUUGGCGGCAUGGGCAGUGAAGACAACUACGAGAUGUUUAAGUACACGAUGGAGCAGCUGAGCACGCACAAACUCGCGUACCUCGCGCUCUUGGACGGCCCGGGGCUUGGCUACACGGACAAGUGCCGCCACACUCGUGCGUUUGACGCCAAGACGGCGUUCAAGGGCGUCGUGAUGGUGAACAACAACUACACGCGGGACCUCGCGGAAGGUGCGCUUCGCACGGGCGCCGCGGAUUUCGUUGGGUUUGGCCGGCUGUACAUUACCAACCCGGACUUGGCCGAACGCUUCCAAAACGACUGGCCCGUGGCUCCCGAGGCAGGACGCGAGGUGUACUACAACUCGUCGCUGGGCGGCAAGGGCUACAACGACUAUCCAUGCUACCAGGCCAGCACGGACAAGAGCAGUCUGUAG